GGGAGCGCGCGGUGACGUGAGGGGGCGGCGCGCGCGGGGGCCGGUGGGAGCGCGCGGGCGCGCGCGCGCGGCGGGCCCCGCCCUCAGGUGAGGGAGGAGAGGCGGGAAAGCGCCGUGAGGGCAGCGCGGGCAGGUGAGGGCGGCGGGGGAGACCCAGCGUGCCGCCUCCGCCGGGCGGGACCCGCCGAGCAGCGGAAGAUGCGCCCUUCCCCCCGCCCGUCAUCUGCUCGGGCUCCGGCGUCUCUGAGGGAGCUGCGGAUGCAGCCUGCGAAACCUUCUGCAAUGAGCAAGCGGAAGCUGAAGGAGAGCAGUGAGGAAAGUGCUGAGUGCAUUUCCCAGGUGCAAAAAAUCCUGCGUGAAAGAUUCUGUCACUGCGGUGCUGCUGGAAAACUGUUUGGGAUGAAGCAGCAGUACAGCCACCUGCUGGAGCUGCUGAAGAGAACCACGGUGCACGGGGAGAGCAACUCCGCCCUCAUCAUCGGCCCCCGGGGCUCCGGGAAAACCGCGUUAUUAAAUCAUGUCUUAAAAGAACUCAGGGAAAUGAACCAAGUGAGAGAAAACCUCCUGGAGGUCCAUCUGAAUGGGCUUCUGCAGACAAAUGACAAAGUGGCCCUGAAGGAGAUCACCAGGCAGCUGCAGCUGGAGAAUGUGGUUGGGGACAAGGUUUUUGGCAGUUUUGCUGAAAACCUUGCCUUCCUCCUUGAAGCUCUGAGAAGAGGAAACCGAAGCAGCAGCUGCCCCAUUCUGUUUGUGCUGGAUGAAUUUGAUUUGUUUGUGCACCACAAGAACCAGACGCUGCUGUACAACCUCUUUGACAUCUCGCAGUCUGCACAGACCCCCGUGACAGUCAUUGGGCUCACCUGCAGGCAGGAUAUCCUGGAGCUCUUGGAGAAGAGAGUAAAGUCCAGGUUCUCCCACAGACAGAUAUAUUUGAUGAAUUCCUUCGAUUUUAAAGAAUACAUUCAGAUAUUUAAGAAGCAGCUUUCUCUUCCUGCUGAAUUUCCCGAUGAGUCUUUCGCACAAAAAUGGAAUAAUAAUGUUCAGCGUCUCUCGGAGGACAGGGCCGUGCAGGCCGUGCUGCAGGGCCUGUUCCAGCACACCAAGGAGCUGCGCGCGCUGCACUCGCUGCUGAUGCUGGCGCUCAGCGCGGUGACCGUGCACCACCCCCUGCUGACGGCUGCGGACCUGCAGGAGGCGGGCCGGCAGCGCAGCGCCGACUCCAGGGCUAACAUCGUGCACGGCUUGUCUGUGCUGGAAAUCUGCCUCAUCAUAGCCAUGAAACACCUGAACGAGGUCUACGAUGGAGAACCCUUCAACUUCCAGAUGGUUUACAAUGAAUUCCAGAAGUUCAUCCAGAGGAAGGCACAUUCCAUGUACAACUUUGAGAAGCCAGUUGUCAUGAAGGCCUUCGAGCACCUGCUGCAGCUGGAGCUGGUGCAGCCGCUGGAGCGGCCGUCGGUGCGGGCGCAGCGCGAGUUCCUGCUGCUGCGGCUGCUGCUGGACAGCCGGCAGAUCAUGGACGCGCUGCAGCUCUACCCCAACUGCCCCACGGAUGUCAAGCAGUGGGCGGCCUCCUCCCUCAGCUGGCUGUGAGCCCACGGCCUCCUCCCUCAGCUGGCUGUGACCCUACUGGCUGUGACCCUGUGGCCUCCUCCCCGAGCUGGCUGUGACCCUGCAGAGGGAAUGGCCCCUCGGGGAAGGUGCCCAGGUCAGUGCAGCUUUGGGAGCAGCCUGCUUUGCUGCUGCAGUUGGGUUUUCUGGGCAGAAAGGUGCUGCUGUUCUUCCAGCAGCCUCACGGUCUGGGUGCUGCAGCUCAGCCCAGUGCCAGCUCCUGCCCUCACACAGCUCCUAUCUGGAGAAAUUCAGGCUCUGGCCCUGCUCCCUGUGCCUUGAUCCUGCUCUGGAUCCUGCUCUGGAUCCGGCUCAAGCCACGCUGCUCUCCUGGCUCCCUCCUGCAGCCCCAGCAGGGCAAAGCUCACUCUGCAUUGCUCCAGCUCAAAGCUGACUGGACAGGGAAACUUUACUAAAUUAAAUCUUUAAUUACAACUGAAUUUACUUCAUUAAAUGUUUACUCAGACAGGCUGCACGGGCUGUUCUGUGCCACAGGCACAAGGUAACAUCUUUCCAUACCCAAUUUUUUGUAGCAAAACUCCAGAGUUUGGCUCAAGAGCUGCUGUAGGCCCAGCCCAUAAAUUUAAAAUAAAGUUUUCAAAGAAGCA